AUGCCGGUGCAGAGUGUAACAUCUAGUAGUGAUACAGCUUUAUUCUCAGAACAGAGCGCAGAGGAUAGCUCUGUGGAGGACAAAUGCCCUCCCAUCCCUGGAAGCGAAGGUCUGGCUGUGAGCAGCAGAGGACCCAGGCACGUGACGGACAUCGAGGCCUCUCGGUCCCUCCGGGUCCGGGCUGCAGUCGGCGCUGACGUCCUCCCCGUUACCCACAAGCCUCCGGGCCCGUGGUGCCAGCAGGAAGAAGGCGUGCGGGCCCCGGUGCCUACCAGGGAGGCCCAACCUUUAACCUAUUUUUCUAAAGGCUUUUUUUUUUUUUUUUUAACUCUCCUUCGUAUCAUUCCUUCCUGUCUCUGCCUUUAUCGCCUGCGGUCUCACUUCUCGUCUAGACUCUCUCGGGCAGCUCCUCUCCGCCCCGCUGACUACCUUCUUCCUCCUUUCGCCCCCCGCCCCCAAACCCGGGACUGCAUUUCCCGGCAGGCGCCGCGGCCAGCGGCCAAUGAAGGGCUGAGGAUUUGGCGGCGGCGGCGGCGCUCGGAGACUCCGGGUGGGGGGGGGGCUUUGUGCGCGGCAGCGGCGGCGGGAGCGGGCGGUGGCGGCAGCAGCGACCAGGACGGAGGCGGAGACCGAAGGAGACUGUCCACUGGUCGCUGCCGAGAGGCGUGCGAAGGCCGUGUAGAGCCCCGAGGACCUUGCUGCCCCGGCGCGGUCGCCAGCCACAGCCUUCUCUCUCUGGCAGCAGCGGCUGCGCGGCGACCCCCCCAUCCUUCCACCGCCCCUGGCCACCCCAUCUCCCGCAGCCUUCCUCAUCUCCGCUUCACGCCCGGCCUGGCCGGCCGCGGCCCUCCUCGGUGCCGGCAGCCAUGGCAGAAGCGUCCGGCGCGAGGAAAAUCUAGCCCGGGGAUUUCAUGCGGCCUAGCUCGGUUCCGUCUCCUCCCCCCGCAGCCCCGGCGGCUGCCCGCACCCCAGCCCUACUCCGGGCCUCCGUGUCUCUCCUGUGAUCGUACUGACACGGCCGGGGGGUUAGAAUGGAACAAACUGAAGAAUGCAGUGCUUGCAGCAGAGUGUUGGUGCAUGACUUUGGAAAUGUAAAUUGAGGUCUGACUGUGCUGGGGCUUGCUGGCCCAGAGAAGUAGUCUGGAUUUUAUUUGAGUGCAUUGGGAAGGCAC